AAACUUCAACUGCCGGCAAUCCCUGCGUGAACCGUGUAUUUCGUGCCGGUAAAGUACAGUCAUCAGUAAGCAGAGAGAGAGAGAGUACGAAACUGGCAGAUGAUGAUCAUAGGGUCCUUUUUAAAUCAGGUGUUCUCUUUUGUGUUUGAACAUGGCUGGGGAAAUGUCCAUUCUGGGGUCAGCUAUCCUUGCUCUUUUUCUGGCUGGUUAUCUGGGACAGCAAUACUUACCACCCCCCAAGCCAAAAGUAAUUGGUAUUGACCUUGGCACUACAUUCUGUUCGGUUGGAGUGUUCCACCCGGGACUGGGGGAGGUGGAGGUGAUUGGUGAUUUGCAGGGACGGAAGAGCAUCCCCAGUGUGGUCUCAUUCACGGUCUCUGGCAUCCAUUCUGGGUAUGAGGGGCAGGACCUGGCUGACGCCAAUCCUCUCAACACCAUCUACGAUGCCAAGAGAUUCAUUGGGAAGCUGUUCACCCCCGAGGACUUGGAAAGGGAAAGCACUCCAUACCAGUUUCAGGUUUUGCAUCGCAAUGGGAGUGCUGAAUUUUCCAUCUCGACCAAUAGAACGUUCACUGUUACUCCGGAGUAUAUCAGCUCCCGCCUGCUGUUAAACAUGAAGAAGAUGGCGGAGCGUCACCUCGGGGUCCUGAUCAGCAAGGCGGUCAUCUCAGUGCCUGCAGAUUUUGAUGAAAGGCAGAGGAACUACACCGUCCGGGCAGCAAACCUAGCAGGUCUGGAGGUCCUGCGUGUUAUCAAUGAGCCCACAGCAGCUGCCAUGGCGUAUGGGCUACACAAGGUAGAUGUGCUCAAUGUGCUGGUGGUGGACCUAGGAGGGGGGACCCUGGACGUCUCCUUAUUAAACAAACAGGGAGGGAUGUUUCUCACCAGAGCUAUGGCAGGUAAUAAUAAGCUGGGAGGACAGGACUUUAACCAGAGGCUGCUGCAGCAUGUAUUUACCCGCGUCCAUGAGCAGUAUGGAGCCCUGCCCUCCCACGAAGGAGACAUUCACACCUUGAGGCAGGCUGUGGAAGCAGCCAAACUCAACCUGACCUUUGGGCAGACCUCCGUGAUCCGAGUGCCCCUCUCCCUGCGGGGCAGCGCGGGCUCCGUUGUUUAUGAGGACGUUCUGACCAGGCAGCUCUUUGAGGAUCUCAACGCAGACCUGUUCCAGAAGAUCCUCACGCCCAUCGAGGAGGUGCUGAGGGAAGGCCGGCUGGACAAGUCGGAAGUGGAUGAGAUCGUUCUGGUUGGGGGUUCCACGAGAAUCCCGCGGAUUCGGCAGAUUAUCGCUCAGUAUUUUGGGAUGGAGCCCAACACGUCCGUGGACCCGGAGCUGGCAGUGGUGACCGGAGUGGCCCUGCAGGCAGGGAUCAUGGGGGGCUCCUGGCCCUUGCAGGUCAGUGCCAUAGAGAUUCCCAACAGACACCUGAGGAAGACCAACUUCUUAUAAUGGUCAAGACACUGGGCACGGGCACGGCAGCCUUACAGGGCAGCUAUUAAAGCUUUCUGUGGUGUACAGGACUGCGGACUGGGUGGCAGGAUAGAUUUAUUUAUUUAUACUUCAGGGUGUCUGGUUACCCAAACCUUUAAAAUGUUGAUCCCUUCAUACCAAAAACAGCCUACUGUAAGCAUCAUGUUCAUCAACACGAGAUGUUUCUUGUAAAAGUAAAUGACACCAUGUGAUCGAUGACGUCUUAGAUCUAGGAGUGUCCUCAUUGGUGUAAUUCUUAUACUAUGUUUUUAAUACUCUUUGAGUCUGCAGACACAUGCUUGUGUUUGAAGUACAGUCCUGGAGGAUGUGUUCUCUUCUAAACUUUUAUUUCUAGAAUGGAUAAAAGGACCAAAGCAAAAUGAAAGGUUCUUCUUUUUUGGCAUGAAGGGGGCGAGAUACAGACAGGACUGUUCUGAGUUACUUGAAUGUUAAAAUAUUGAAAGAGUCAGAGCUCAGAUCAACAGCCUGGGUAUAUUCAAUUGCUGCUUAGAUCUGGUAAAGUCUCUAAAUCUUCAGCUGUCUCUUCUUCGUGCAGUUUCAUUGUGACAAAGCGUACAAAGGGACCUGUUCUGUACAUGAUGCUUACUGUGUAAAACAACAUCCAGAGAAGGAGAAGAUUGGCAUUAUAAAUGCUGCAUUCCGACUCGUGUGGAGUCCAUUCGAAGUGUUGAUUGCUGAUUUUUCCAAGCGACUUUUUUACAGUUGAGUUGCUGUUUCCAUGGAUCAUUUCCAUGGUAAUGUUCUUGAAUGAUUGUUUCCAGUUAUGCUGGGAAAUCCUUUUUUGUGUUCUGACGAGGGGGGAGCAGUAACAUCUCAUCUCAUUGGGAAUGUGUUCUGACGAGGGGAGCGCAGUGACAUCUCAUCUCAUUGGGAAUUGUUCUGACGAGGGGGGCGCAGUAACAUCUCAUUGGGAAUGUGUUCUGACGAGGGGGGUGCAGUAACAUCUCAUCUCAUUGGGAAUGUGUUCUGACGAGGGGGGAGCAGUAACAUCUCAUUGGGAAUGUGUUCUGACGAGGGGGGCGCAGUAACAUCUCAUCUCAUUGGGAAUGUGUUCUGACGAGGGGGGAGCAGUAACAUCUCAUUGGGAAUGUGUUCUGACGAGGGGGGUGCAGUAACAUCUCAUUGGGAAUGUGUUCUGACGAGGGGGGCGCAGUAACAUCUCAUUGGGAAUGUGUUCUGACGAGGGGGGAGCAGUAACAUCUCAUUGGGAAUGUGUUCUGACGAGGGGGGCGCAGUAACAUCUCAUUGGGAAUGUGUUCUGACGAGGGGGGAGCAGUAACAUCUCAUUGGGAAUGUGUUCUGACGAGGGGAGCGCAGUGACAUCUCAUUGGGAAUGUGUUCUGACGAGGGGGGAGCAGUAACAUCUCAUUGGGAAUGUGUUCUGACGAGGGGGGCGCAGUAACAUCUCAUUGGGAAUGUGUUCUGACGAGGGGGGAGCAGUAACAUCUCAUUGGGAAUGUGUUCUGACGAGGGGAGCGCAGUGACAUCUCAUCUCAUUGGGAAUGUGUUCUGACGAGGGGAGCGCAGUAACAUCUCAUCUCAUUGGGAAUGUGUUCUGACGAGGGGGGCGCAGUAACAUCUCAUUGGGAAUGUGUUCUGACGAGGGGAGCGCAGUGACAUCUCAUCUCAUUGGGAAUGUGUUCUGACGAGGGGGGCGCAGUAACAUCUCAUCUCAUUGGGAAUGUGUUCUGAUGAGGGGGGCGCAGUAACAUCUCAUUGGGAAUGUGUUCUGACGAGGGGGGCGCAGUAACAUCUCAUUGGGAAUGUGUUCUGACGAGGGGGGAGCAGUAACAUCUCAUUGGGAAUGUGUUCUGACGAGGGGAGCGCAGUAACAUCUCAUCUCAUUGGGAAUGUGUUCUGAUGAGGGGGGCGCAGUAACAUCUCAUUGGGAAUGUGUUCUGACGAGGGGAGCGCAGUAACAUCUCAUCUCAUUGGGAAUGUGUUCUGACGAGGGGGGUGCAGUAACAUCUCAUUGGGAAUGUGUUCUGACGAGGGGGGAGCAGUAACAUCUCAUUGGGAAUGUGUUCUGACGAGGGGAGCGCAGUGACAUCUCAUCUCAUUGGGAAUGUGUUCUGACGAGGGGAGCGCAGUAACAUCUCAUCUCAUUGGGAAUGUGUUCUGACGAGGGGGGGCGCAGUAACAUCUCAUCUCAUUGGGAAUGUGUUCUGAUGAGGGGGGCGCAGUAACAUCUCAUCUCAUUGGGAAUGUGUUCUGACGAGGGGGGCGCAGUAACAUCUCAUUGGGAAUGUGUUCUGACGAGGGGGGCGCAGUAACAUCUCAUUGGGAAUGUGUUCUGACGAGGGGGGAGCAGUAACAUCUCAUUGGGAAUGUGUUCUGACGAGGGGGGGCGCAGUCACAUCUCAUCUCAUUGGGAAUGUGUUCUGAGGAGGGGUGCAUUAACAUCUCCUCACAGGGUGAGGGAAAGAAACUGUCAGAUAUGUAAUAUAAUAUAAAGAUAAUAUUUCAUUCCUUUCUCUCUCUUUGUGAAGUCUCUGCCUUAUCAGUGAGUGUUUGGUGUUUGAAUCACUGUUUUGACACUGUAUCCCAUACUGUACAGCUAUGGGCAAGAGUUUAGCAUCAUCUUAUAGACUGAACUCACUGUGCUUCAUCAAGUCGAAUGAACCCUGCUGAACAAUGUUACGUUAACAUGUUGAAUUACACAACGCUUUGUAGUACUUGACAUGAUACUUCACGAAAAACUGACAAAUAAAAGAUGGGACACUUCCAGAUCUAACAUGAAA